UCGGCCACACCAAGUGCAUUUGAACAUGGAACAGAAGGCCUAACUCGCUGGGCUGAGAUUUCUCUCUGUUGGUGAACUGGAUUCUGCAUUGAGGAUUUUUCCGUCUACUUUUCAGAUGGGACCCUUCGAUGCAACAUGAAAAAAAAAAACAUCAAUAAGGAGGCUUACAACCUACACGUGCCUGACGUCAACCUGAGCAUGACGGGAUCUACUCGUGUUUAAGGAGACCAGAAAAGGCGAUGGCGCAAAACCGGAAGAAAGCUGUUGACAUAAUGGGCUGCGUGGAAAAGCGUCACGUGGGCCACCGUGCAGGCAACAUGCUCCACCAUCGUUUCCCGAAUGGCUUCACUGACCUACUUAUGGACGAGACAGACCGUGAGGUCAGCACUCUCACCGACCGAGCCUUCCGGAGUCUCUGCGUUGGAGAUGACGCCGUUUACAACGACGAAUUCUUGUAUGGAUACUCACCUUUCAACUGUCAUAAACCGUUGGCAGGGGACCCACUUAAAAAAGUUCACCAAAAGGAGUCUAAAAGGCAGAGGAAAAAUGAAAAAGAGAAGAACAUUGCUAACAUGUCAUCGUUUCUCACAGCGUUAAGCACGACUGGGGAGAACUGUGAUGGAAUGCUCAUAAAAAAUGGCGGGAUGGCAGACUCCAACGGGGAGUCAUGGGAUAAAUCUGCGCUCCGCAGCAUUCAAAAAGAACUGUCAGAAUUCUCUUCAGAUUACAACACCAAUCUGACAGGUGGACAUUACCAGAAACAUCCUUUGCAUCAGUCUGGGUUUGGUUCCUCAAGCAAGACUGGCAAAGGACUAUCUUCUGGAAAAUCAUCCAAGAUUAAAAAUGGCAAAUCCACGGUCAAACUAAAGAAGCUGAACAUCAAAAACUUUUUCCUUCACAGUGAAUUCAGUCCUUUCCAGACAUGGGGAGGUAUGAACCAGUUCUGCUUUAGUCAUGAGAACACGUCUAUUCUUUCCACAGAUAUUGUACCGAAAUGGUAUGACCUACCAUUUUACAAGGAGUUAACAGAGGCUCAUAUGAAAGAUACUCUAAAUACAGAAAAGAUACUGAAAGAAGCAGGUGAGCCCCCACCUCCUCCUGCUGCCCUUCCUGCGCCUCCACCUCUGCCACCUCCUCCUCCUCCGCCGCCUGUUGCCCCUAAACCUGUCACUUCCACUUCACCACCCAAGGUCCUGCCAAAGCCCUCUGUCACACAGCCUCAAAAACGCUGCUCUACAGAUGUAACCGAUGGAAGUACUGUCCCCUGGAGGCAGACAAAUAUAAGUGCAAAAACUGCACUUCCACAUAAGCAAGAGCCCCAGGACAAGACCUCAAAAGCAAAAACAGACAAAAAUGUUCCAUUGAUCCCAAUAGUCACAAAGUCUUUAGAAGUGAAAGCGGUUGAAGAGGUUAGUCCCUUGUCCUCAACUCCAUUCAGCAUCUGCCAGCUGAUGACUCCAGUCAUUCCCUCCAGACAACCUACAGAAACAUCGGAAAUUCUCUCAGCUGUCCUUUCACCCUCUGUGUCAGACCAUCCUCACAGACCUCACUCGGAGGCAAAACUGACACCCGAACCUUCUGCCAAGAGGGAUGGCUACAAAUCUCUUGCGUCUAGCAUCCUUUUCAACCUCAAAGACAACAGGAAAAGAGUCAAAAGUCGGUACAGUCCAACUAAAUUCAAAACCUUAGAGACAACUGGAAGUGACACGCAGUCUCCAUUAUCAGAGACUGUUAAACAACAAAAUAACUCAGAAGUUGACACAUCUGGUUUAAACACCCCUGCUAUUUUAAAAGAAGGUCAGACAGUAGACAGUCCAGUUUUAGAGUGUGCUAACCCCACCACUACGGGCCUUAAAGAGCAUGUAGUUACUAGGUCACAGUCUGAUGAUUAUUUGCUAUCCAAUCUGUUACAAAACAAAAAGGAAGCUGUCACGAAUGGGAAUCUACCCGAAGAGAAUGCAAACACCAGAAUCAUGCACCCCAAAAGGAACAAAAGCCAUAUUGCUAAAACGCAAAAUUAUCCAUCACUUAAUCUGUACAAAAAAGCCAGCUCUCCCGUAUCCAUAGAUGAACUUUCACUUGUGAAUCCAGAGCUUUCAUCUGACAUCAAUCUUGGACAUUCACCUGGAUUCAGAGCGCCAGAUCAUGAUCAGGAUGUGCAUCCGACAAGUGAAACAAUCGAGAAAGAGCAACCAAAUAUACCGAAGAGAACAAAAAUGCCUGUGAAAUCCUCAAAAGUAAAUCAUGGAGAUGUAAAAGGCCAAGCUAAGAGCACAUACGAUGUCAUCAGGGCCGCAAAAGAUGCAAUUAAUGCAACAAAAACUAAAGCAUUACAUGCAAAUGAGUCUGAUAACACCAAUCAACCCAUGUCAGAAAAAGAAGAAUUAAAUGACAAAGAUGAUAUGCUUGAGAGCUCUAAAGACAUUAUUGAGAACAGAAUAGUGGCAGAAAAUAAUCUAAUCAGACGCGACUCAAAAAAUAACGCUAUAGAAAAGAAAGAACCCCCACCAGUUCCAAAGAAAAACUUCACCAAACCUGAAAUUGAACAUGCACUGGAAAAAACGAAACCGCAUGGCACGGAUAAACGUUCCAACUGUGAUUUGGGCGAAAUUAGUCUAGAUAGUGAAAACAAGUUAAAGCACAUAUUCUCCGACACGCUGAACAAUUAUAUCAAAUGCCAGAGGUAUUCCGUAACAGACGAGGAACUAGGAGGUGUUGAAUGUGAUGAGAAGGUGAAUUUGAGAAUCGAAAAGGAUGCUGGGAGAAACAGUGAACACAUCAUUCACGACUUGCAUGCUUUAAAAGAACUUGAGAGGGCCCGCCUUUGUGAUCGGGAAAACAAAACAGGCAUUCCCAAUAUAGACAAGGAGGCCAGAGCCAAGAAUGAUUUGAUCUCCAAGGAGUUAAGGAACAUUAAGAAGGGAAUGCUGUCCAUGAGAGGGAACACUUCGGCAAAGAGGGAAAUAUUUGCUAAAAAAGAGAAGCAGCUGAAUAAGCAGGAUAUUCCUAUGAACACCGGAGGCAAUGUCAUGAUAAAUAAAGCACUUGUGAAUGAUAAUUAUGACAAGGCCAAAUUGGCACUGGAGGAGAUCAUUUUGAGUAGGCAGAUGACAAGAGAAAUUGCAGGAAAUGUUACAGAUGAAAGUAAUAGAUCAAAGGUACACGAAAGUAAAACCACGUUGAAAGAAUCAAUUAUUAAAACUAAAGAUGAAAAUUAUGUGACAGAAAAAGACAAAGAUCUAAGAGAAAGGUUAGGGGAUUUGAUAGACCAUAAGCACAUGAGACAUAUCCUCUCCCAGACUGAACCCAGACAGGGUGAGACCCAGAGAUCAGACGGCAGAACGGCAGCUGUGCCUGGCAUGAGCAAAGUUGAUAAUGACUUCACUUCGACCACCACGUUAGACCUCAAGCAUGCCAAUGAUAGACUAAUUGACAGUCCCAGUCAUUGGUCUGAAAAUGUUCUAAAUUUAAAGCAGUUAUCUGAAAACGGAUCUGAGAGAGGAAUUUGUGAGAAACUGUUAGAUACACCCUAUGUUCCUCCUCGGAGUAAAAAAGUAGGAAACAGAAGAAAUGUGAGUAAUGGAGAUGAGGAAGAGUGCUCUAAAAGAGAUGAUACACAUGAUGUAGAAGAAGAGAUAAACAUAGUACAAAAUUUAACAAACACAAAAGGUGCGUUGUCAGUCACCGGCAGUGAUGAAACAAGCAAUGCAGUUACCCAUGAGCCGUACUUGCCUUCCAAGCAAAACAACAGUGUAAAACGCUAUUCUUUGUUAUCAGAAAUAAAAACAGAUAUGGAGACAGUCAAGACUCCCGAAGAAGAUGCCACAAACAUCAAAGUUGAGACCUCUUUAAAACCAGAGAGUUCAACUAUUUGUGUCCAGACAGUUCUUGAAAACAUACCCAAAGACAAGGGUGAUAUGGAUGCAGAGGCGCUCCAGAGAACUUUAAUAUCACCUGAACUGCUUAUAAAUGGGGUUAGUGUUGAUGAUCACACUAGCAUGUCCUCCAAAUCCUCAUACUUCUCUGUAGAAAGCCCUCCACAUAGGAAUCUUGACUCAAAUUUGUAUCACUCUUUGGAGAACCUUGAUAAGGUUGGGCAACACAGCAUAGGAGAUGGCGUUCUUGGACCCAAGAAAAAGGAUUCUGGAAAGCCAGAAACGGAAUAUUACUCAUUUGGUCAUGUGGAAGGUGAGCUGGAGAUUGUGAAGCAACAAGUAAAGUCUGAAGAAGAGAAAGACAACCUCAAGGACCGCAGACAAAGUAUUGCUGAAUGUCCUAGUCCAUCCCAAGGUGAAGAUAUCCAAACACCGAUGUCACCAUCAAACAUGUUCUCUCCAACUUUGGAUGUCCCUGCCUUAUUUAAAAUCAAAGACAAUACUUUCAGUCAUAAGCUGAAGAAAACUAUACAGCCUUGGACGCCACGGGGACUAAUGAACUCAGAGAAGGAGGACUUCAAUGAAAAUCCAGAGCCACCAUCAGCAAAUGAAACAUCUCCCUCAGGUCUAGGUGAAAUCUUCAAGCCUAAAGAGAUUUUGUCAAACAUCUCACCAUCGCCACAGUUCCCUCCAUUGGUUCAACAAAAGGAGAAGUCAAAUAAUGCCAAUGAGGGAGAACCGUCUGCCCGUCGAGAGGAGAAUGACAGUUUUCCUGUAGUAAGUCUCAGAGCCGAAGGAGUAGAGACUUUAGCAAAAACACCGGCAGAGCCAGACAUAUCAAAGGUUCCCAGCGAACGCUCUGGGUCCACCUGCAGUUGGAAUGACAGUCAGUCAGGGAACACUAAACCUCCAGCCAUUUUACCCAAAUCAGAGCGGGCAGUUCUCAAAGCUAUGAAACUGACAAACCGACGAAUGAAGAAGGAAGAGGCAAAGAAAUCAAAUUCAACCGGAACGAAGAAUGACAAAUCUGAGUCGAUAAACAACGACAGAAGAAAUCACAGAGAAGAUCAGAAACAUAUUGGAAACACUAACAAUCAAGUUGUCGUCAAAGAUGCGGAACGUCAUCGGAAAAAUGUGGAAAUAAGCCAUAGGACAAGAAGAUCAAAACCUGAUUCAGUACAAAGUAACCACCUCACUGAUGGAAUUGCAACCGAACGAGGCCGAAGUAGUAGCAGACAACCUCGAGAAAAACCAGAACAAAGACACUACAGCAGUGAACGACUCAUUAGUAACGUGCCCGUAUAUAAGACACACGUUGCUGAGAAGCAAGUUCCCAGCACUCGCUCGCAAAGCAUCGACAGAUUCUUAGGGAACAGAGUAGGGCGCAGGUCUAGCACUGGCACAUCUGUCAAUGAAAGUCUUGACCCGAGAAGUACGCGCAUAGAAAAAUCCAUGAUAGAUGAGUUUCAACAGCGAGGCCGAGCCAGAGAAAAGAUUAGCCGAGAGAAACCGCUGCGAAGGAGUCAAAGCAUCGACCCACACUGCUUGCAGACUCCACAGCGGCUCAGCUUGUCCCGUCAGUCCAGCAACACCAGCCAUCUUUCUCGGCAGUCCAGCAUCGAACACCCCAUUGUCACACAGUCAAUCCCAAUGACCCAGAGAAAGCUACUUCAGGAUCCAGAUUCCGGACAGUAUUAUUUUGUAGACAUGCCUGUCCAGGUCAAAACAAAAACUUUCUUCGAUCCUGAGACGGGAAGCUACGUGCAGCUGCCAGUCCAGCCCCCAGAUGGCGCUGUUCUUAAAGCAUCCACAAUGGAAGUUUUGUCUGCGCCAAUGGUGGUUUACCAUGGAUUUGUCCCAGUGCCAUUGUCCCCCAUGGCCCAGAACACUAACAUUCAAGUACCUCACAUGGAGCAAGACGAACUACGGCACUUGGACAUGUCACGCAAGAUUCAUUACAAGGACGGGCAUCCUUAUUUAGAGCCGGUCUAUGGGCAGCAUGAACACAUGUUGGGCGAGUUCGUGGGCACUGAAGAAGUGGACUGUCCCAGCUGAUGACGCUGGGAUUUUGCUUUUGCACAUAAUGUUUCACUGGUUCAAGUGUUACUUGACUUAUAUUGUACAAAUUACAUCUAAAACAAAGCAGAUGUAUCGUUCCAUCCAUUCAUUUUCUACACUAGGCUGACUGGUUGACAGUAGAUGGCAGGGACAUGCAGACAUAAAAAAAUAUAUCCUAUGGAAAGUUUAAGGUCAGUUUAGAAAAUAUGAAUGUUUUUAAAGUUUGGAAUGCAGCCAGAGUAGGCUAGAGCCUUGAUUUAAAACCCCAGAACUUUAAAGCAUAUGUACUAACCACAAUUCCACCGUGCCUUUUAUAUCUUCAUUGUUAUUGAAAUAUUUGUUCACAGUUAAAAGGGAUGUUAAAAAUGUUUAACAUUUGGUUUAAUCUUCAAGUUAUCAGGGGUUUAAUUUGUCGGUGGAGUUGAUUUCAACAAAUGCCGUGCAGUUGUCCGAUAUGUGUUAGUUUUCUGGGCUCCGGAGUGGCUAAGCUAGCGCAACUCAAUGGUACAAUCUCAGCAUGCCAAUAUGAAAUGAUUUUAACAGAUCUAAGAUAGUCAAAUAAAUUCAAAAUGCAGAUCAUAGUUCGAAAUACCCAUGCGGCCAAAACAAUGUCACAUCAAACUGCCGUAAUUCAUUUGAUUUAAGUCGGAUUUAACCCACUCGGAUGGUACCAGUUGCGACCUCAUACCGUUCUAAGGGAAUGUAAACAGCAAAGAUGGCUGAUCGCGACAAGUUGUUCAAAAGACAUUUUGACCUUCAGCAAACCUGCCUUCUCGUAAACGGUCAAAAAGUGCAGGAAAAACGAUGGCUGAUGUAAAUAGCACAUACCGUAAUCUGCUUUCUUUAGUUUUACUAUUGACGGUCUGCUUUUCGAUGGGCAGCGCAUUUUGUCGAGUGAUGUCCGAUUGAAGCAACUUGUGAUGUCUGGUUACUUUUUUUUUUUUUUUCCUCGAAUGCAGCAUCAGUCUGCUGAGUUGACAGAAGACGGAGACUAUGGAAACAGACAGAAGAAAUAGGCAAAGGAAAGUUUCCACAAAUUCCCUAUGAAGAACGAGGAACAACUGUAGUUACUUGCUGCUGGCUAUGACAUAAAAUAUCAGCCACCUUGCGCCCUGCAGAGCUGCUAGAUUACAAAUGUUGCUGUUCAUACUAUAAUUAUUGACAUGCAAUGUUAAGUUCUCAUAACUAUCCUGAAAACAUAGCCAACACAAUUGAUUGCAUGGGUCAUCGGCAUAAGCAGAGUUUGACUUUUGAGGCAGGGGUGACACAAUAUGUUGAUGACCCUGAAACGCAAUGUCAGCAAUAAAAUUAACUUACAAAAAUAUUUAUAAUAAUAAGUUGAAAAUUAGUGUUUCUUUGUUUCCCAUUAUCUUUGGGGAGCAUUCUAAUUAAGGCAUCUUAAGACAGCUAUACUUUUCACCAAGAUCGUCAACCAUUGACUAUGGUACGCCCGCCGGUGUUCUGUCAAAUUUUGUACCCCAUCAGAAAUUGCAACUUCGUGUCAAAAAUGGCUGCGAAUACAGCGGUUACAGAGUACACACUACAAACUUUCUUUAAAUAAAUGAAUAUUUACUUAUGUUUGAUCAUAGACUGACAUGUAGAAAAGUUCUCCUCAGAAACAUCCUUCCAUGUUAGCUGCACACAACAAUUGCACGCCGCUCUCUCAUUGUUUAUGUCUUCGCCGCGUAGUUAAGCAUUAAUUUACGUCAUAUUUGUGUAGAACAUGUAUGUUUGCGAUGUCACUUGUUUAUUUCUCACCUGUGGAUAACAUUGAGAGUCCAACUGAAUGUAAAAGAGGGCUUAAUCACCGCCACAAGAGCUUUGGGAGCAAAAUAUUAUAAGGGUGCAAAAUUUGGCAAAACACUGAUGGUGGCUCUGUUGUACAAUUAACGUCUUUAGUGGGGCAAAUUGAAACUCUGGUGUUUCAUGGUCCACAUUUUCAAUCCUUGGUUGUUGUUCAAUAGUUGUCGCUUUUGAAAGAUUAGGUUUGAAAAAUUAAGUAUAUCCAUCUUGCCUCUUUAGUCGUCGGGUGGUUUUGGCUAAGCAAAGCAAAUGACUGUCUAAAGUGAUAGUCAAAUGAUCUGUUCGAAAAAUAAUUUUGACUCAUUAUAAAAAAAAAAAAAAAUGUUCAUUUCAUUCAUUUUUGUUGUAUGUUUUAUUGCUUUACAACUUUUAUAGACAAUAUUUUACUGGAAAACUCUUAAUUUUACAAUUAUAUCAUGUAUUAUC